GCCGCGGCCGCCGUACCGCAUAGACACGUGCAGCCUAGAUCUGCGCCUGAGCUGCCCGGAGCUGCCCUCUGUGGUCCUUCCCUGGGGUCACCAUGCCACGCCCCGCGGACAUCGUCAAGGUGGGCAUCGAGUGGCCGGGCCCCUUCCCCAAACUCAUGGAGAUCGACCAGAAAAAGCCUCUGUCUGCAGUAAUAAAGGAAGUCUGUGAUGGGUGGUCUCCUGCCAAUCAUGAAUAUUUUGCACUGCAGCAUGCUGACAACUCAAACUUCUAUAUCACGGAGAAGAAUCGCAAUGAGAUAAAGAAUGGCACCAUGCUCCGGCUGACCACGUCGGCCCAAAACGCCCAGCAGCUUCAUGAGCGGAUCCAGUCGUCGAGCAUGGACGCCAAGCUGGAGGCCCUGAAGGACCUGGCCAGCCCCUCCCGGGACACCACGUUCGCCCAGGAGUUCAUUAACCUGGAUGGCGUCUCCCUGCUCACGUACAUGGUGGAGAGCGGCACUGAACGGUACCAGAAAUUGCAGAAGCUCAUGAAGCCUUGCUUUGGAGACAUGCUGUCCUUCACCCUGACGGCCUUCGUUGAGCUGAUGGACCAUGGUAUUGUGUCCUGGGACACGUUUCCAGUGGCAUUCAUUAAGAAGAUCGCAAGCUUUGUCAACAAGUCAGCCACUGACACCUCCAUCCUGCAGCGGUCCUUGGCCAUCUUGGAGUCGACGGUGCUCAAUAGCCAUGACCUCUACCAGAAGGUGGCCCAAGAGAUCACCACUGGCCAGCUCAUCCCACACCUUCAGGGGACAGACCAGGAGAUCCAGACCUACACCAUCGCCGUGAUCAACGCACUCUUCCUCAAGGCCCGGGAUGAGAGGAGGCAGGAGAUGGCGAAUAUUUUGGCUCAGAAGCAGCUGCGAUCCAUCAUCUUGACGCAUCUCAUCCGGGCCCAGCGGGCCAUCAACAAUGAAAUGGCACACCAGCUCUACGUGCUGCAGGUCCUCACCUUCAACCUCCUGGAGCACCGGAUGAUGACCAAGAUGGACCCGCAGGACCAGGCCCAGAGGGACAUCAUAUUCGAGCUUCGGAGAAUCGCGUUCGACGCCGAGUGCGAGCCCAGCAACAGUGGCGGCAGCGUGGAGAAGCGCAAGUCCACGUACACGCGGGACUACAAGAAGCUCGGCUUCAUUAAUCACGUCAACCCUGCCAUGGACUUUACCCAGACUCCUCCUGGGAUGCUCGCCCUGGACAACAUGCUGUACUUUGCCCAGCACCAUCAGGACGCCUACACGCGGAUUGUGCUAGAGAACAGUAGCCGGGAGGACAAGCACGAGUGUCCCUUCGGCCGCAGCAGCAUAGAGCUGACCAAGAUGCUGUGCGAGAUCCUGAAAGUGGGCGAACUGCCUAGUGAGACCAGCGAUGACUUCCACCCGAUGUUCUUCACCAAUGACAGAUCAUUUGAGGAGUUUUUCUGCAUCUGUAUCCAGCUCCUGAACAAGACAUGGAAGGAGAUGAGGGCAACUUCUGAAGAUUUCAACAAGGUAAUGCAGGUGGUGAAGGAGCAGGUCAGGAGAGCUCUGACAACGAAGCCUAGCUCCCUGGACCAGUUCGAGAGCAAACUGCAGAACCUGAGUUAUACUGAGAUCCUGAAAAUCCGCUAGUCUGAGAGGAUGAACCAGGAAGAUUUCCAGUCUCGCCCAAUUUUGGAACUAAAGGAGAAGAUUCAGCCCGAAAUCUUGGAGCUAAUCAAACAGCAACACCUGAACCGUCUUGUGGAAGGGACCUGUUUUAGGAAGCUCAACAGCCGACAGAGGCAAGACAAGUUUUGGUACUGCCGGCUUUCACCAAACCACAAGGUCCUGCAUUAUGGAGACUUGGAAGAAAGCCCCCAGGGAGAAGUGCCACACGAUUCCCUACAGAACAAGUUGCCAGUGGCAGAUAUCAAAGCUGUGAUGACGGGAAAGGACUGCCCUCAUAUGAAAGAGAAAGGUGCUCUUAAGCAGAACAAAGAGGUGUUUGAACUUGCUUUCUCCAUCUUGUAUGACUCCAACUGCCAGCUGAACUUCAUCGCUCCUGACAAGCAUGAGUACUGUAUCUGGACAGAUGGGCUGAAUGCACUGCUGGGCAAAGACAUGCUGAGUGACCUGACCCAGAAUGACCGCACCCUGCUCAGCAUGGAGAUCAAGCUCCGCCUUCUAGACCUGGAGAACAUUCAGAUUCCAGAUGCCCCUCCUCCGAUCCCCAAGGAGCCGAGCAACUACGACUUCGUCUAUGACUGUAACUGUAGGGCAGGAAACGCCUUCCCAAGCUGGAAAAUCUAGUCAACAGGCAGGAUGAUGAAGAACAGGCCCAUGCUUAGGAAUCAUCUUGGGAUAGAGGGAUGUGUGGGUCAUCACUUGCUUUGGCCUGGCUUCUAGCCCCGGCAUUUUUCUGCCCCAACUUGACAUUGUGCUCACUGCCCUGAUUCUGUUUCUGGACUCCACUGCUUUCAGUCUCUUCCCACUGCUUCAGUCUCCUGGUAGGACAAGAACAAAACCCACCGCCAAUGAGAGCCAAAGGGCCCUUCCAGCUCAUCCUCCAUUCCUGAAGUAGGAAACCCAGCCAAACCAGACUGCCCCAGAACUUACCUGCCAGACCCAGAGGAGUUCUCCCAGGCCUAAGAGUGGACGGAAUGGCUUAGUUGCCUGGUAAGACCCAACACCACCUCUCACUCCCCUUCCCUAGAGUCAGCUCACAUCACCAAUUCCUUGUGAAUUGUAGUCUGCUUUCCCAGCACCUCUUCCUGUCUCCCUGCCUUUGCUUUACACUAGAUUUCUCUGGUCCCAAGAAUAGCUGCAGCUUCACUGUCGCUCGCAAAUACUGGGUCUCCCCGACCCAGGAAACAGGUCCUAUGCUGCAUACCCCACCCCUGCUCCAGCACCAAGACUAAUCUUUCUUCACAAACCAGUCUUGAAUUCCCUUUUCCUAGCCCAGCCCAACCCUGCCUCCUUUCUCUCCUACACAUGUCCAGCCCCUUAGCAGAAAGCCCAAAUGGUGGAAUCAGUCACCAUACUCCACCAUUGAUCCACUAGAUCCAAAUGCCUCUGUGGUAGGCCAUCCAUUGUUAGCUGAGGAUUUGAGGUUACCUUCCCUGGGGGUUUCUGCUGCCACCAGUGUUCUACAGAAAGGUCAGGUCAUCAGACUUCCAAGUUUACAUCAUUGUAAUCACUACAGGUAUUGACAAUUUGCAGGGGUUAUAGGGUUGGUUGGUUUUGUUGGUGUUUUUUUUUUUUUGGCUUUGUUUUUGUACAAAAGAGUCUAACAUUUUUCGCCAAACAGAUAUAUAUCUAAUGAAAAGAAGAGAUACAUAAAUGUGUGUAAUUUUCAGGUUUUUUUAAUUAUUGUAAUCCUAAACAUCUUCCGGAGAAUAACAUUCCCUUGAACAUGCUGUGGAAUAAAAU